AACCAUCAUCACAUAUUCAUUCAUUAUUCAUUAUUCACAUACCAUAUAUCUGAAAAGGGAAAACCGGAAAAAUAAAAUAAAAGAAAUUGAGAAUGGAAGUGACAUCCUAUUCUGUUUCAUACUUCAGGUCUACCUCAUUAUCUCCACUGCCUUUUCCGGUAAAAUCAACCCUUUUUCCCCGUGGCUCAGUCAAUUUUUCCGGCUAUAAUUGCCUGGCCAGCAAGCUAAAUUACAGUGCAAUUAAUGGGCUGAGGAAAUUUGGUGCCAUUACAGCUGCUUCUGGUUCUGAAAAUCGUACAGCAAUUAAUGGUUCCAUAAGAUGGCUUCUUGAACCCAUAGGUAAUGGCGAUACAAGGCACAUAGGUUACAAAAUUCCCAUGCCUGGUACAUUUGAGAUAGAUUCUAAUGUAGUCACAGUUGGACGUGUGGGUGAUAAGGCAGAUAUUGUGAUUUCUGUGCCGACAGUUUCUGCUGUGCAUGCCCGGAUUCAAAAGACAGAAGAAAAUCUGUUGAUUACGGAUUUAGACAGCACAAAUGGUACAUUCAUAGGCGAAAAAAGGCUCCAACCUGGAGUGGUCUACCCUGCAUCACCAGGAAAUCUUGUCACAUUUGGCGACACAAAUUUAGCAAUAUUCCGAGUCUAUAAGCUUCGGGAAGAGGAGCUUAGUACUGAGCCGGAGGAAUCUGGAGCUGGUUCAGAGAAUGAGUCAGCAAGCUAAUUAGAGACUGCAAGCUGAUUUUGUGUAUCAUUUUUUUUUCACAGAACAUAAAUGUUUAUUCAAACAUUUGUGAUGGAUUUUACUGAACAAACUCACGUCAUAGCUUUCUGCAGUUUUGGGGACCAGGAGAGUUUUCACAUAUUCGAUCUUUUACUCUUUAUUCUCCAUCGAUAUUUGGGUGAAAUAUUAUGUGCAUCAAUAGACUCUGCAUAAAUUCAUUGUUGGAAAUAGUUAUCAUACGAGAUGCAUUUUCUUUUUAACCGCAAAAAAGUGAUGUCAUUGAGAUUUUUUACACUAUGC